GAUUGACAUAAUAUCCGUUACAAAUUCAAGACUGAAUAAGUCAACGAAGCGUUUCUAUCUUUUAUGUUGAUGUCCGAGCAGCUGUGCUUUAUUUGUUGCCCUAAAGCCUAACAUUUGCCUGUUUCAUUAUUGUAGGCUAAUUUAACAAUACAAUAUUAGGUCUUAGAAAACGUAGAUGUAUGGGAAUGUACCCUACUCGUUGGAGGUACAUUACCUACAAUAUGAGUUUAAACCUGAAAUAAAAACAUUGUCCAUAUCACCGCCAGCGCUUUUAUUUUUUUGCUCUUGACCCAGCUGUGCCUGUCUGUCAGUGUCAAGUGUUUGAAGCAGAAUCCGAGACGUGGGCUAACACCCUGCUUCUAAAGUCUAUAGCUCUUAUCCAAUCGCACAACACAACAGGUUAAUCCAGGUUCCCUGAUUGCUCCAAAGAAGACCCGCCUUCAAUGCCCUAUCGCCGGAAACUUCCUGUUGAAUCGCUGAGUCAGGUGGAGAAUCCAUGGAAAGGUAUCUCACUCAACCGCUGUAUUGCCCUGGCCAUGAUCGUUGUGGUGGUCAGCUCGAGUUUUGAGCAAAUGCAAGAGGCCCUGGAUGCCUUCCUGGAGGAGGAGGAUGGUCUGAGCGUGACCGAUGGAACUGAUCAGCUUGGCAACUUGCUAUGGGAUACCAUGGCAUUUUGGAACUGGGGCUCGGACGAAGCCACGCUAAAGAGACGAUCAGUACGCAGAAAGAUCCAUAAGAGGGACCCAUCCAACGGACUUAUGAAGGAGAAAUCAGCACUGGGGGCAGUGGAUGGAGAUGACUGAGGAGGAAGAUGAAGAGCGCGAGUGAGAGCACGAAAAGCAAAAGGGGGAGUGAUAUGUUGGAAGAGGAGACAAUGAUGAUGAUGACUGAAUCAUCAGACAGUUGCAUGACUGAACAAGCUCAGAAACUCAGUCAAUGUCAGGAUGUUAAUAUGAGUCGUGCCACUAGGGCAGAUUUUAUGUACCCCAAAAAUUUCACAUUGUGUUCGGCACCAACAUAAUUACAACUUCAGCACUGCCAUUAGAACAGAGAAAGUGAAACAGUGUAUAAUUUGAUAAAUCAGUGUCUUUGUAACAGUACUUUCUUUGUCACAAUAAAUGAAGCAUCACUCCAUGAA